ACGGGCUCCGGCGUUGCCGUAACCCUGCAGGUUUUCUUAAUGGACAAAAACAAAACAUUCGGAAUCACAAAUUCGCAUCUAAUUCUAAACCGCACAGCUUCAUCACUUCAAAACUUGUACGGCACAUAAAAAAAUAUCACUUCAAUUUUCUCACACACCUCAAAAUCAAAACGACAAUCACUUUUAUUGAAAGUUGCUGGAAAUGGCGCAAACGGAUUCAAAUUUAUCGCCUACUUUCUCCGAUUUCCCUGAGGAUGUGCAGUUCUGCAUAUUCUCUUUCCUAUCACCGACGGAGAUUGCUAAUUUCGCUUGCACUUCGAAAAGAUUCUCACCGAUUUGCCAAAACGACAGCAAACUCUGGUACUCAAUCUGCGACCGGCGGUGGGGAGCAAAGACCCAAAUCAAGAAAUGGGGAAACGGCAAAAUCUCAUACAAGCUCCUCUACAAAACGCUUAAUAAAUGGGAGAAUUUAAUUGGGUUUUGGCGACGGUGCGGUCAAAGUCAGCAGAAGCAAUCUCCGGCGUUAGUUUUCUUUGAGUGGGGCGCUUCUUUUUUAUCUGGUUACAGUGUUUCUCCGAGUCAAAACGGUGGCUACGGCGUUAUAAAAGCGCCGUUCCUUUUUAUGAGUGUAUCACCAGAGGGUGAAAUUGUAAAUUACGUUGAUCCGUCUGGCGAAUUGAGGUUCCAGGAAAUGGCUGAUUUGAUUGCUGUUUAUGUUAAUUUUAUUGGGGAUAUGCAUUUUAGUGUGGAGGAAAAUGUGGACUUUCUUUAUCCAAAUUUGAAAGGAGAGUGUAGCAAUGGCAGUGGUGGUGAUGAUGUUAAUGUUAGUACUGCUACUACUACCAGUAACUGUAAUGGAUUUGAAUGUGGGUCCCCUGGGAGCUUACCGGAGACUUCGGAUAUGUACGAGUACUAUGCGAACAGGAUGAGUCCUGGUGCUGAUAGGGCGAUGAGGAAGCUGCGGAGGAAAAAGAAGGAGAAGCAAGGGAGGAAGAAGUGGGAGACGGAGCAUUUCUUGAAGAUUGUUGAUUCGUCUCCGACUCUGGCUCGGCCUUUGCAGGGAUUGUGGAAGGGACUUUGUGAUGAUAUGAAGCUCGAAUUUUAUCUUGUAGCCUAUGAUGGAGUAGGCAUUUCCUGUAGAAGGGUGGGGGACUUAUCAGAACGACUUUCUAGUUCUAAACCAGUGUUUUGGACAUCAAAUCUGGUAUUUGUCGAGUCUGGAUUUUCACCUGAAGAAGACUAUUUAUUCAAUAGUCGGACACAUGUUCAGCCGCCCGUAACAGCAAAAGACAUGCAUUUUCACUGCCCUCUGAUGGACACUGAGAUGGUAUCUCGCACAAUGUACAUCAACUCGAGUUAUGAUCUAGUCAUCCCAGGCUUGGGAGAUGCGUCGGCAAAUCCUUGGCGUGUUGAGGGAAGGAUUUGGGAGUAUAAAAAUGGGACGUUCGGAUUUGGAUUUCUUGGUGACAAUUUUAUCAUCGACUUGAAGCAUAUUGCCCAGAAUGGCUGUCUACUUGAUACAAUAGAAGAGCGUUCUAGUGAUUGAGUAUUUUUUUUGUGUACUAAAGAAGUCUUAGCUCACAAGCCAUAAUGCUCAAUGGCAUUCUUUACUAUUUGUGGUAGAAAUAAUAAUUUCAGUGUUGAUUUCGUUUA